UCUGAACGUUGGCGACGAUUGCACAACCAGCGCUCUGCAAUUCCCUUCCUCUUGCAGUCAUGAGACGGGCUGCUUCUUUUCUGCGGGAAUUUCGCCCUGGUCUCGCUCGGCACGCAUCACCUCGCACCACCAUGGUGGCCCCACCGCAAUUCACCCAGCUCGCAUCAUGACUUGCCUACCCACAAGUCGUGCUGCUAAAUCGCCCUUCCCUUCCGUCCCCUGCUCUGCCGCUGAAAUCGAGGGAUAGUUAGGACCACUGGCUCCUGCGACGCUGCCGUCAUCGAUCGGUGAGCGAUGGAUGUGUUGGGCAUCGUAGCAGGCGCGCCAGUCAAUAGGAUCUCCGUGAGAAAAGUCUAGGAGCUCAUCCCUAGGAGGCCAGUCUCGUUGCACUACCUCCCACCACAAGGUCUUUCCCCCCCCGUCGCCGGACCACAUCACGCGCUCUUCCGCAUUCGCCGCACGGGCCACCCCGCAAAACUCGUGAGUCGCGGCCAUCGGAAGGCGAGCCGCGCGCCAUGUCGACCAUGACUAUGGCCAUGGAGCCCGUGCCGCCACCCCCGCACAGCUCGGGCGCCAUGGCGCACGCGCGCUUGGUGCGCGAGGACAGCAUGGACCGCGUGCACCACCUGGCGUCGCACCGGCCCGUGCUGCAUCGCCGCCACUCGCACAACCACUCGCGCCAGUCGCCCAAGUCGCUGCUGCACUCCAAGCCCGCCUCCGCCGCGCACCGCCUCGUCUUCAUGCGCGCCCACAAGCAGGGCUCGCCGUCGCACACCCUGUCGCACGGCAGCCCCACUGCCGUCGCGUCACGCGGCGACAGCAGCAGCGUCGGCAUCGGCACGCCGCAGCCGCCCCAUCACAGCCGGCCCGCGGACAAGCCGCCGCAGGGGUCGUCGCAGAGCGCGGAGCCGACGCCGCACAAGGAGAUCCGCCGGCAGCACAGCUGGCCGCUGCCGCCGCACCCCGCGGCGUCGGAGGCGACGGCGCCCGCGACGACGGCGACGCCGGGUGCGACGGUCACGACCGUGCAGCGGGCGGCGCCGGCGUCGUCGGUACUGCGGCAGCCGGCUUGCUCGAUGGCGGAGUGCAGCGCGCGCGGAGGGGCGAGGGCGCGGUGGGACGAGGAGGAGGAGGAGGAGGAGGUGUCGUCGUGGGCGUCGUCCGUGGAGGAGAAGCCGCUAACGACGGCCGCCGUGCACGUGGGCGAUAACCGCAAGUACGACAUCGUCGCCGUCGGCUUCUGGCUGGCGGCGCUGCAGCAGGGGUGCUCGCUGGUGAAGCAGAGCCGGCGCCGGCCCGGCAGAACGAAGCAGCGCACGUACUUCGUCUACGUCGAGCGCACCGGCGCGAUUCGCCUGCAGUGGGACAAGCCUCGCCUCUUCUCCAUGGGCACGUCCGCCCCGGUGCAUCUGUACGGCACGGAGGCGACGGACGCAGGCGCGCUGGAGUUCCGCAUGUACACGUCGGAGGGGCAGAUCAUGAUGCGCGCGCACACGGACGAGUGGUUCCAGAUCUGGGUCAAGGGCAUGCGCUCCAUCAUCGAAUACGCCAAAGUGCUCUCCUGGACCCUGCAGCUCUAGCACCUCUCCAUCCCUUCUCGCACCCCUGCCGCCGUGCCUUCGCCCAAUAUACGGGCUCCCCCUCUCUUACACUCCCAGCCCUGCUCUCGUGGCCUGGUCUCUCGCCCUUAUCACCAUGGGUCCGCUCGGCUCGCCUGUUCCGCUUCAGCCCGACCUGGCUGACAGGAGAAGUGAAUACUGCGAGCAUUGGCAUGGCAGUACAAGUACACAAGAACACCAUUAGCGGCCACAUAGCGAGUUCCGACCAGACUAGCAAUUUUCACGUCAAAGAUCAGCUUUGCUUAUUCUUGUUGCGUGUAGCUUCAUUCUGAAGUGUCCUCAUGUACAGAUUGAGCUCCUUCCUCCCCUCCCCACCCCACCCCAACCCUAGUUUCAACCCUCUGUCUGAUCUUAGAGCUCAUACACAAGAGGGAUAUACCGCUUGAGUGAUCAUUCCUAUUGAAGUAAACCACUUGUUUAGGGUGGUCAGUUGUCGUUAUAUAUUAUAUAAUAUAAUCCCCAAGAUAUA